AUGUUUGGGCCCCCCCCCCCAUUUUAUCAAUAAAGUGGAGGGAAUCGACUAUAAGAGCCGUUUUGCAGUAGAAUAAGACAGUAAGUGAUAAAAUUUACAUUAAACAAGGGUUUCUAGAUUUUAGCACGUUUCGCAUUUUUUUCCGAAAUAAAUAAAAGGUUAAUAUGCCAGUUAAUAUAGAAAAAGUUUUGAUCAGUGACCCUGUGGAUGAAUCAUGUGCAGCACUUCUUGCUGCUCACGGAGUUUCUGUGACUGUCAAAUACAAAUUAUCAAAGGACCAACUUAUAAAUGAAUUAAAGAAUCACGAGGCCCUAAUAGUCAGAUCGGAAACAAAAGUUACAGCUGAUAUUUUAGGUUCUGUGUCGAAUCUACGAGUAAUCGGCAGAGCUGGUACUGGUGUUGACAACAUCGAUCUUUCAGCUGCCACGCGAAAAGGAAUUGUUGUUUUAAAUACUCCUGGUGGUAACAGUAUCAGUGCCUGUGAAUUAACAUGUUCUUUUAUAUCAGCAUUGGCAAGAAAUGUUGUUCAGGCGAGCCAAUCAUUAAAAGAGGGACGAUGGGAUCGCAAAUUAUAUUCAGGUUUCGAAUUGUCAGGAAAAACGCUUGCAGUCAUUGGAAUGGGGCGCAUUGGUCGUGAAGUAGCUCACAGAAUGCAAUCCUUUGGGAUGAAUAUUAUUGCAUUUGAUCCCAUGCUACCAAUACAAAGUGCACAGCAACUCAAUGUUACCAAAUUAAGUCUAGAUGAAAUUUGGCCAAUCGCCGACUACAUUACUGUUCAUACUCCACUCAUUCCUCAAACGAAAAAUUUGAUCAAUGCGACAACAUUAGGAAAAUGCAAAAAAGGAGUAAAUAUAAUAAAUGUAGCCCGAGGUGGAAUCGUCGAUGAGGAAGCGUUACUCAAUUCGAUUAAAAUUGGUCAUUGUGGAGGUGCAGCAUUGGAUGUUUUCAUUCAAGAGCCGCCAAAGAAUCCUAUUACUUUGGAACUUAUCCAACAUCCAAAGGUUAUCGCCACACCCCAUCUUGGUGCAAGUACAGCGGAAGCGCAACAACGAGUGGCAGUUGAAAUAGCGGAACAACUUUUAGCACUGUCAGGAAAAUCGACAAAAUAUAAUGUCACUGGUAUCGUGAAUGCGCCAAUUUUGACUGCAGCAAUGUCAGAAGAAAAUGUACCUUGGAUUGAGCUUUCAAAGAAACUCGGUCAAUUAAUUGGCAAAUUUUUAAAUAAAAAUCCAAAAGCAAUUGUCGAGAGUCAAACAGUUGGGGCGGAAAUGGAAUUAAAAAAAUUCAUUCACACAGCAGUUCUCGUUGGAAUUUUAACGGGGCAAACUAAAAAUGGAUUAAAUCUCGUAAACGCCCCCACACUAGCCAAAGAAAUUGGUGUGCAAAUUAAUGAGAGUCACAUGGAUAGUGACACAAGUGCAGUAAUUGUGAAAGUUGAUCAAUAUCAAAUUAAAGGAACAAUUCGUGAUAAUGAAUCAAUUCUACUGUCGAUAAAUGACUGUGUAUUUAAUAAUGGAAUUGUUCUUCGAGAUUAUGUUUCCCUGUAUAAAACAAGCAAUGGAUUACAAGAUCUCGCAGCUGUUGUAAGUGCCUACUCAGAAAAGGGAAUUAGCAUACAUAGUUUAAAUACAAACGAAAAUUGGCUUAUUGUACAAACAAACGUCGAUACAACAAUUAAAGUAAAUGAUAUUGAGAGCUUUUAAUCAAGUAGUAAACAUACGAUCAUUAUAUAUGUCCAUUAAAUUAAUUCAAAUUCUCGUGUGCUUCAAGUAUAUAAAAUAGUGACGAACUCUGUGUGGAAAAUCAAAUUUAUUUCAGUAUUUGGAUAGUCGGUUUAAAAAUUAAGUCUCUCAAUGAUUUCCCAAGAUACCAAAUUAUCAUAGGAAGUGAAGAAUUAUUUAUUUGAUGCUAAUGUAAUUAUAAACCGUAAAUAUAAGAAUAUUAAUCUAAUAAUCUAAUGUUAGUUUAUAAUAAUGACAAUGUAAUUUUAAAACAAUUACAAUAUAAAGCUAGUUUAAUAAUUUUUGUAAUACAACUUAAAAGGAUCAUUUUGUUAAUUGGAAAACAAACAAUCGACAUUCAUGAUUGUAUAUUUAUUAUAUUAAAUACAUCCUUCAUUGAUAAGAAAUUUAAA